GAGCUGCGGAAAAUUCGCUGAAUUCAAUCGAAGUACAUAAGUAAGCUUCAUCGCAGCUCAUUCGUCUCAAGAAAGCAAUAGAAUCACUAUCAACAACACCAUACACCGAGCCUAUCAUUUCAGCUUCCAACCAGUUAACAUGAAGUUCAUUCUCCUCCUCGCUUCCGCCGGAGCCGCCAUGGCUUUUGUCGAGUGCCGUACACCGACAAACGCUGAGCUCUUCAAAAACUGCCAGACUCAAGAACAACGGGAUGGCUGCAAGGGCCAGUGCAUCAAGCACUGCUCGGACACAACCGCAAACUUGGCUGUCUGCAUUGACAAGGCGAAUAACGACUUUGACUGCGUCUGCGGAACCCAGGCUGGCAGAGGCCCUGGAUUCAACUGA